AUGCUCCCGCCAUCGUUUUGCCGCGCGCCGCUCCGCCUCUGCGCCGUCGGGCUGCAGACCUCCGCCUCGGCGCGCUCGGUUCUCUUCCCGGCGGUCCAGAAUGACUCUGCCGUCCGGACCGACCCUGCGUCGGCGCCAAGCGGGCCCUCGGAGGGCCUGCCCUCGGGCGACGGUGCGGCCGUCCGCCCUUACCCUAGCCUGUGGCUCUCGAUGUCCGACGAGCCCGCCGACAACGGCUUCGACUCACCCGACCUCUCGCCGCCCGCGUCGAGACCUUCGGGGCUCGCGGCCGCGUACAAGCGCCGCAAAAUGGAGACUCCGGCGGCGGCUCGGGCGGCGCAGGCGCGGUAG